AUAAUUCAAUUAAUAAAUUGCUAGAAUUUUUAGUGAGAGAAAGCGCAAGAAUCGGGAAAGCACGAUCGACGAAAUAUAAUAACAUGAAUGAGAAAUCCGCCCACUCUUCUCUCACUUGCAAUUAACUCUGCCAAUUGUUUAAUUCUCUCUCGCAUUUUUUCAGAUCUUUUGCUUUGUACCUGAUCACAUUCUUCUCGAUCCUUCUUCCUGGUUUCUCAGAGAAAUUUCAAUUCCAAAAAAAAAAAACACGAAAAUGUCUCAAGUUAUCAUCAAAGACGAUGAGGUGGACAUUGUUAUCGGCGCCCUUCAGUCGGAUCUCACAUCGUUCAUGGAAGAAUGGAGGCCGUUUUUUUCCCGUUUCCAUUUAAUAAUCGUCCAAGAUCCCGACCUAAAAGGCGACCUCAAAAUCCCGGAAGGAUUCAAUCUCAAUCUCUACACGAAAUCCGACAUAGACAGAGUCGUGGGGCCCGUGUCGAAUUCCAUCUCCUUCUCCGGCUACUCGUGCCGCCACUUCGGCUAUCUAAUGUCGCGUAAAAAAUACAUAAUCACAGUCGAUGACGAUUGUACCCCUGCAAGAGACACCAACAACAAAAUAACUGACGCAGUGUCUCAGCAUAUAAUCAACCUCACCACACCAGCAACCCCGUUCUUCUUUAAUACGUUAUACGACCCGUAUGUCGACGGGUCGGAUUUCGUUCGGGGGUACCCGUUUAGCUUGAGAACGGGAGUCGAAUGCGGGUUGUCGUGCGGGCUAUGGCUUAAUUUAGCCGAUCUCGACGCACCUACACAAGCACUUAAACCGGAGUUGAGGAAUUCGAGAUACGUCGACAUGGUUCUUACAGUGCCAGCUAGGACAAUGCUGCCGGUUAGCGGGAUCAACAUAGGGUUUAACAGUGAGCUUGUGGGCCCCGCAUUGAUGCCGGCUUUUAGGUUAGCGAAAGAAGGGAAGCUGAGGUGGGAAACUGUCGAGGAUAUUUGGAGUGGGAUGUGUGUUAAGGUUGUGUGCGAUCAUUUGAAGAUUGGCGUGAAAAGCGGGGUGCCAUACGUUUGGCGGCAGGAGAGAGGAAAUGCGGUGGAGAGUUUGAAGAAGGAGUGGGAAGGGGUGAAGCUGAUGGAGGAUGUGGUCCCGUUUUUCCAGGGUUUGAGGUUGUCGGAGGGUGCUGUCACGGCGGAGGAUUGUGUGGGCGAGAUUGCUUCGAAGGUGAAGGAGGUGCUUGGGGGGAAUGAUCCGAUGUUUGCUCGUGCGGCGGAGACUAUGGUGGAAUGGAUUAAGCUGUGGAAACGGGUGAGGGCCGCGGAGUAGAGGGCUUAUACGGCAUUACUUGCAAUAUUGUCGACUGUCAAGAACGUUUUUUUUUUAAACGAAGAUGUAUUUCGUGUAAUGAACUCAAUCUGGAGGUGUUUUCUUUUCUUGAAUAAUUUGAUCUAACUUUUUUUUUGGUGUUCAUCCCUUGCUGGAGUUAUAGAUGCUGAUAUAAUCUGGUUCUGCUUUUUUAUUUUUA